UCGUCUCUCCAAAAGGGACCGACAUGAGAGCAUCUUCGAUUCCUCCAAAUUAAUCAACUACAGAGACGAAAAGAAAGAUAAGAAAUCUUCUAUGGGCAUUGUCUAUUCUGUCUGUUUAACUUCUCAAAACGUUUCCAACUCCAAGUUUUUGCUUCGAGUUCACGGAAACGGAGAGGGGCCCCACCGAGAUUUUCUUACUAUAAAUUAAGAAUUUAAUUUGGAAGGAUUGGAUUUUGAAAAGCUUUGUUUGGCGUUUUUGUUAAGUUGAGGUUUCCAUUUCGUCCUUGAAUGAAGCUGUCAUUGCUGAGAAUAAAGUUUCUUGGAGGUUAUCACCUGGGUCUUCUGUAAUUCGCUCUGUUGCCGAGGAGAAUUUGCCUUCAGAUAAGUUACUUGAUCAGAUUUCGUGGUUAUUGCAAAUAGAAAAAAGUUAUUAUAUAUUUUCUUGCCAAAUUGGGAUUUUUUUUUUUGGUUCUUUUUCAUUUGAAUUUUGUAGUCUGUGAAUUUUGGGUGGUUUUGUUUAUGUAAUUGUUGGGAAUUUGGGUGUUUGAGAUUUUUGGGAAGAACAGAUUUUGUGGGUAGGUGAGUUACUAGGGAUUUUGUGGUUGUGGAUUGGUUGUAUUGCAGAGAAGUUCGGUCUCGACUCUCGAUUGAGUAGUGACCGAUCUUCUUUGGUUUUCUGUGGGUCUAAUUGUAAAGGAUUAGUGCAUUUAAUUUGAAGAAAACCAGAGUUGUUUUUUUCCCAACGAUGGGGAAGUCUACCGGGAAGAAGACGACACAGGCAGAAGGGAAAUCUGGCGGUGCAAAUGUGAAGAACAAAUCAGGAGAGCAUGGAACAAAAGGCUACGACGAGGACACGGCAGUCUUCAUCACCAUGUCUCAGGAGCUGAAGGAGGAAGGGAACAAGCUCUUUCAGAAGAGGGAUUGUGAAGGAGCCAUCUUAAAGUAUGAGAAAGCCCUCAAGUUGCUGCCUGGAAACCACAUAGAUGUAGCCCACCUCCACAGUAACAUGGCUGCUUGUUACAUGCAGUUGGGUCUGGCCGAAUACCCCAGGGCCAUCAGAGAGUGCAAUUUGGCUCUUGAAGUGGCUCCCAAGUACAGUAAAGCUCUCCUGAAGAGGGCGAGGUGCUAUCAAACUAUCAAUAGACUUGAAUUAGCCCUGAGAGAUGUUCAUACUGUUCUUAGCUCAGAGCCGAAAAAUCUCACCGCAUUGGAGCUUGAACAAGGGUUGAAAAAGGCUAUUGAGAAGAAGGGUAUCCAGAUAGAUGAGAAAGAUAUCAUUUUGACUCCAGAAUGUAUUGAACCUCCUUCAGCUUCACCUCCGUGCAAAGUAGUUAAAGAGAAGAAGAAAAAGAAGAGCCACAAAAAUGAGGAGAAGAAAGCUGAAGAUAAAGCUGAGGAGAAGAAAAAUGAAGAUAAGUUCGAUGAAAAGAAAACAGAAGAUAAGGUGGUUGUGGAAGAAAAUGUCAAUACUAUCAAGGAAGAAGAAGCCACAAGAACAGUGAAGUUGGUGUUUGGUGAGGAUAUAAGGUGGGCCCAAUUACCGCUUAAAUGUAGCAUUGUCCAGCUAAGGGAGACAGUUCGAAAUCGUUUCCCCAGCUCAAAGGGAGUUCUCAUCAAAUACAGGGAUCAAGAAGGUGACUUGGUUACGAUCACCACCACUGAAGAGCUUAGAUGGGCUGAAGCAUCAGCUGAUUCGCAGGGUUCUCUUAGACUGUACAUUGUAGAAGUUAAUCCUGUGCACGAGCCCUUGUUUGAGGCAGUGGAAAAUGGUAAAGAGGAGGAAAAGCCCAGGAAGAACCAAAAUAAAAUUGCUGAUAAUGGGAAUGGGGAAAUGGAAACUGGUUCAACUUGUAUUGAUGACUGGAUCAUCCAGUUUGCUCGUUUGUUCAAAAAUCAUGUUGGAUUCAAUUCGGACGCAUAUUUUGAUCUUCAUGAACUUGGGAUGAAGGCUUACUCGGAAGCUAUGGAGGAUACCAUUGCGAGUGAAGAAGCUCAAGACCUUUUUGAUAUUGCAGCAGAGAAGUUUCAAGAAAUGGCGGCUCUAGCUCUGUUCAACUGGGGAAAUGUUCAUAUGUCCAGGGCAAGGAAAAGGGUGUUCUUCGCGGAAGAUGCUUCAAGAGAAUCCAUACUUGAACAGGUUAAAAUGACAUAUGAAUGGGCACAAGUAGAAUAUGCGAAAGCAGGAAAGAAAUAUGAAGAAGCUCUAAAAAUCAAACCUGACUUCUAUGAAGGCCUUCUUGCUCUUGGGCAGCAGCAGUUUGAGCAAGCAAAACUUUCUUGGUAUUAUGCUAUAGGGAGCAAAGUUGAUUUGGAAACAUGGCCAUCUUCAGAAGUUAUUGAGCUUUUUGACAGUGCCGAAGACAAUAUGGAGAGGGGAAUGCAGAUGUGGGAAGAGAUGGAGGAGAGGCGUCUUAAUGAACUUUCCAAUCCAGAUAAAGUAAAUACCCAGUGGCAGAAAAUGGGGUUGGAUGGGCUAUUUACAGAUGUAUCAGCAGAAGAAGCUGCAGAUCAGGCUACAAAUAUGAGAUCUCAAAUAAAUAUUUUAUGGGGUACCAUACUGUAUGAGCGAUCUAUUGUGGAAUUUAAAUUAGGACUGCCCGUCUGGGAAGAAUGUCUGGAGGUUGCUGUUGAAAAAUUUGAACUUGCUGGAGCUUCUCCAACUGACCUUGCUGUUAUGAUAAAGAACCAUUGUUCCAAUGAAACUGCACUAGAAGGUUUGGGGUUCAAAAUUGAUGAGAUAGUGCAGGCAUGGAAUGAGAUGUAUGAUGCUAAAAGGUGGCAGACUGGUGUGCCAUCCUUCCGGCUGGAACCAUUAUUUAGAAGACGAGCUCCAAAACUUCAUCAUAUCUUGGAGCAUGUGUGAUCUGUCUUUCUUUAAGUUAGCUGGAUCAGAUUUGAGCCGGCAUUCGUUAGAGCAGUGAAGAAAAUCAGUUUUUCUGCUCCAUUGUCCUGUAGCUGCAAAUUGUAUGAAAUAGAUUUCUUAUGCUACAUUGGCUGUUCUUAAUGUACCUUCAGAAACAAGCAGGAGAAAAAGGUUUUUGGUUUUGGAAUGGAGUUUUGUGUUUAAGCCAAGGAUACAAUUAUGUCAAAUAAUUUUUCAUCUGGGGAAUGAGAAGCUCUUAGCUCGUAACGACCAUAUGAAGAUUCAGAAACUUCUUUUUUUUGGUUUCUGCAUCUGCCCCCAUUUUCAUUCAAGAUUUUCAAACAGUAGGUAGAAGAUCGCGCUUGUAAUUUAUUCUUAUAAUAAUACCUGUAACAAUAUAUGGAUUGUUGUUUAGGUCUGUGAUUUAUUGUUACACAGUGUGCUCAUUUGUAAUUUUCGUGAGUUCUAUAUAGAGGAAAACAGUUUUCUUUUUAUCA